UUAAAAAAAGCACAGGUAGUCGAUAGAGUAGACCAGGUAGGUCACAGUCUAGAACUCGAAUGGCGUUUAAAAAAAAUAGAAAACAUUGACACAAUGAUCAUUAUCAAAAGCAAAACAUGAGUUGCGAUUGAUAGAACAUUGAAAAUGUAAAUUAAAUCUGUAUUAAUUAAAAUCUGUUGACCAGUAUUAACCUUCAAAAUGGAUCAAUUUAAAAAAAUGAAACAAUUAUCAUUGUUGAUUGGGUUCCUUUCGGUCACACGCUUUGUAAGAAGCCAGAAUCCAAUAUUUGCUACACAAGCACCAGGGGGCAGUGGUAGUAACACUAACAAUGUUUUCUACUUUGACAGCAGAAGUGACUGCAACAGUGGUGUUCGUAACCUUUUUGGAUCUCAGGCAACAAUUAUUGGCUCAAAUGCAUCUGCACACAGCAAUGGUGUCACUACAUGUACAAUAACACUGAAAUCGGAAGGCACUUUUGAUGGUACAAUUCUAGAUAUCAAUGUUGAAGCCAUGUAUAUUCUUGACUGCCUCACCCAGGUUUCUAUAUAUGAUGGUGAUGGUGCUAAAAUAUUGUUGAAUUCAUAUGACUGCCGUUCUUCCCAAAAUGCUAACCGCAGACAAUUUGUUACAUCAGGGAAUGUUGCUACUUUUAUAAUGACUCGACCAAACCCUAAUAGCUACAAUUUUGAUGUCAAAAUCACUGUUAAUCCCAUCAGCUCUGGCUUGAUUGUCCCUACAGGAAGCAUUGGGUUGGUGGAUUUUACAAAAUUCCCACAAGAAGGCAUUGUGGGAAUGAUAGCUGGUUUCUAUGUCUUUGUAAUACUACUUUGCAUUGCCAUUAUAUUUUAUAUGGCACGCACAUUCAAAGGAGCAAACCAGAAGUGGGAAACUCAUGAACUGGCUAAUGUCAGAACUGGGAUCAACUUUGAUUCAAAGAGUCAGUUAAACAAGCCAAUUCAGAUUUCAACCUUGGAAGGACUGAAAAACCGUCCAAUGGGUAGCCAGUACUCUCGUACAACCCAGCCCACAUUGCGAAAAUCUGCCCCACCAAGUGAAGAUGGUGAUAGUGGUGUUUAUUAUAAUGAGGAAACAUUCCAAAAAGCGCAGCUUAUGAAAAGAGAAAAAGAAGCCAAGAACAGAUUUGUAGCCAACACUGCAUUUAAUGGUCAAGAAGAUAGACCUGAUAAUUUCCGGGAGAAAAUCAUUGUACCAUCUAAACAUAAAAGUGGAAACCGGCGACCACCAUCUUAUGAUGAGGUUGUCAGUGAUAGUGCUUCAGAACGGUCUUCAGAUGAAGAGUCUAAUGCUUCUGCUCCGCCCAGAAAGAGAUCUGCAUCUUCAGAGGAGGAAUCAGAUAGGUCAUCAGCCAGAUCUAGGUCAUCAGAAAGAUCAUCUGUCAGAUCUUCAGAAAGAUCAAGGUCAACAGCAAGGACUAGAUCAACUCGUUCUCCUUCCCCUUCGGACACAGAAUCUGAAGAAGAAGGUCACAGUGAUGACUCAUCUAGCAGGCGCCAAGCAAGAGCUUAUCGAAGGAAACCCAAGAAACAUUCAGAACCGAAGAGACAUCAACCUCCUCGGCAAGCAAAACAGCAGCAGCCUCCUCCACAAAUGCAACAGCCUUACAUGCAACCACCAAUUUAUGGAGCCUAUCCACCAGGACAGUAUGUUCCUAUCAUGACAGCCCCACCCCCUUUUCAGCCUAUUCCAAGUGGGUACCCUCCACCCAGCUACACAGUUCAGCCUCAAAACACACUGGCACCUCAACCUACGGAUAUACCAGUGUAUUCCUAUCUUGUACAGAGGGGUUACAAGCCUGUUGAUGAUCUGAAUGUAUCUCACAGCAGCACAGAUAGCCAUAGAUCUCGAGGUCGCAGGCUGGAAGAGCCAGACUUGCGAUUAGAAAGUGGUGUUGAAUAUAUGAAAAGAUAAAAGUUAUUAGCACAUGAAAGCUUGUUUUUUUCACUAAGGUGUCUCCAGAAAGGAUUUUAACCAAACAGAUUGUUACUGGGCCAUCAUUUGAAUAGAUUUAAACUAUUUCUUUAAAGCCAAUUUGAACAUGUUACAGAGAAUUGAUAUUACAAUACUUGAAGUAGUGUGAAAAAAAAAACAAUCAACAGAUGAAAUGUUAUAUUCACUUCAGAUAAAUCAUUAGGAAACACUCUAGCUCAAUAGCCAACAUAUUUUUUUACAAGAAUGUAAAGCAUAUGCGGGGAUGCUACUAGUCUUUUUUUUAAAAUGUAAAAUUAAACUAAUUCAUGUUUCUGUACAUUACCAUAUGUAAAAAAAUCUGUAUUAGGUUUUAUAUAAAUGAAACUUGUGUGCAGGAUAGUUAUAUAAUUUUAUUGAAGAAUUAAUAUUGUCAGGUUUGGCCAGAGAAUAACUAAACAUUAAUUGCUAAUAUUUAAAAACAAAAAUGUGAAAUCUUGAUCAAAUAGUAGAAAUCCUGAAGUUGGUGCAUACAUUAUUUAUCGCUCCACAAAUAGUACCAGUACUUAAAUAGCAUAUUGGUAGUGGUUUGUAAUAAAAAUGUUGACAUGGAGAUUAUCUUUUCAAUAUGGUAUGUAUGUGAACGUUCAACUUAUAAUUUCUCUGCUGUGUAUAUACUGUAUUAAACCUGUUUAAAUUGAAAGACAUGUAAAUAUAAAUAUAUAUUUAAUAUGCAUCAAAUGUUGCCAGUUUUCUAUGUACUCUUGAUCAAUUUUAAAAUUUAGUAAUAAUGUAACUGUUUCAACUUGUAUAUUUGUUUUAAUAAAUAUCAAUGUAAUUUUUUGUUAAAUAAAAAAAACAACUAAACUAUAAAACAAGUCAGUGAAAUUUAGUUUGAAUUAUUUUUGGUAGAAAUUAAAGCCUUUGAAGCAAAUAGACUACUAGCAUUGUCUUUAGAUUGAACUACCUCAUUGUGCAACUCUUAAAUCUCUUCAUCAAUUUCCUGGCAUUUAGUGUAGGUUGGGUUUUUUUCUCUGGCUUUUUUUUUUUUUUUUUU